AACUUGAGAUAAAUGAUAACGCGGUAAUGGAACCAAACGUUGCUUUGAUAACAUUGCGUCACAUUUGACACAAAAAUAAAGCGCUUGAAGCGACGUAAGGAACUAACGACACCACUUGUACGAGCACGCUGUCAAAACAUAACCUCUGAAAGAGUUUAGUGAAACAGUUAGGUAAUAAUACAUAUUAUAUCCAGCAAAAAAUUACCGGUUUUGAUUUUGCUAAAACUUAUAACGAACUCUGUAUUAAACUUUAUUUCAUAAAUAUUGCGUGUGAAGUGUAGACGUGCUCGUUUUGAUUUUGCCUGUAUUUCUCAAUCGUGGCAUGUGAGAAUAUAUUUAGGGUUACCAAGGUUAAAUAGUAGACAUUGCUAGUGUUCACAAUAAUAAUUAAUAUAGUGAUGUAUCCACGAUGUAGGAGACGAUAAUAUUUGUACAUAUUACGGUAUAUAUGGAUAAUACAGUACAAAUAUAAGUUUUGUGAUUUAAAAGAUUAUACGACGUAGGAUGGCGCGAAAAAUUAAAAUUUACACAUAGAAAAUAACUAGCUGGGUUUAUUUUGGAUUUUUCGCAUAAUAUCAUAUAACGGUCAAGAUGGCGCAAGCAAUAUUCGGAGUAUGGGACUAUGUUAUUAUGGUAGCAACAAUGAUUGCUUCUGUCGCUAUCGGAGUUUAUUUUCGAUUCAGUGGAGGCAAACAGAAAACGAAUGAGGAAUACCUCCUGGCUGAUCGGAAUAUGUCUAUAAUUCCCGUUGCUGUGUCUCUGAUGGCUUCCUUUAUGUCCGCGAUUACGCUGCUAGGCCUAUCAUCAGAGAAUUAUUAUUACGGAAUGCAGUUUGUGGUCAUUAAUAUAUCAUACGGUCUAGCCACACCAAUAAUUAGUAAAUUUUAUCUUCCCGUAUUCUUUGGAUUACAGAAGACGAGUACGUAUGAGUACUUAGAACUUCGAUUCGGUCCAAAAAUAAGAAUGCUCGCAUCAUUGACAUACACAUUACAAAUGGUGCUGUACAAUGGAAUAGUAUUAUAUGCUCCUGCUAUAGUUUUAGAAUCCGUGACUGGUCUGGACAGACUGAUAUCUAUAUUAGUUGUAGGUUUAGUAUGCACUUUUUACUCAACUUUAGGAGGCAUGAAAGCAGUGUUAUUCACAGAUUUACUACAAUCUUUCUUAAUGUUUGGAGCUGUAUUUAGCGUGGUAGUAUUCAGUUCAGUUCAGCUUGGAGGAUUUGAUCAAAUAUUUAUAAAAGCAAAAGAGGGAGGACGUUUGGAUUUUAAUCAUUUCAGCAUUGAUCCAACUGAAAGACAUACAUGGUGGUCACUUGUAAUUGGUGGUCUAUUUACUUACAUGUCUCUUUAUGCGGUUAAUCAUACACAGGUUCAACGUCUACUGACAGUAAGUACAUUAGAGCGAUCUCAGAAGUGCUUAUGGUGGAGCUGGCCUGUCCUUUCGUUACUAAGUAUUGUAUCAUGCAUCGGUAGUAUAGGAAUUUAUGCAGUUUACAAGGACUGUGAUCCCCUAAUGAAUCACAAAAUUGAUACGAUUGACCAACUGAUGCCUUAUUAUGUGAUGGAUGCCAUGCGGGAUGUACCUGGCUUGGCUGGCUUAUUCGUGGCAGGCAUCUUCAGCGCUUCCCUGUCUACUAUAUCGGCAGCUUGCAACGCGCUAGCCGCUGUCACGCUUACAGACUACGUCGGUAGGUGGUGUAAUAUCCGCGACUCGUACAUGCCAUGGUUGACAAAACUAGCGGCGUGCGGAUAUGGUUUUGUAUUCCUCGCGUUGGCAUUUCUCGCCGAGCACCUGGGUGGUGUGCUGCAGGCUGCCUUCACCAUCUUCGGCGCAGUAGGUGGACCAUUAUUGGGGAUGUUCACACUUGGCAUGUUCACCACUUUCGCUACAGAGAGGGGUGUCUCGAUAGGCUUGAUUAGUGCCAUGAUGAUGACCCUGUGGAUGAGUUUUGGAGGACCACGGCCAUCUCCUACUAAGCUUCCCCUCAGCACAGAAGGCUGUGGAUCGAAUGGGACUGUAAUAUCAUUUCCGCCAAGCAACCCGGACGAUUAUUUUUAUUUGUACAGGAUAUCUUAUAUGUGGACCAGUCCGUUCGGUUUCGUGUGGGUGGUGGUGGUGGGCAGCGCGGUGUCGGCGCUGUGGCGGCAGCAGCAGCCGUGGGAGCGCGCGGGCCGGCCGCACCCCGACCCCGCGCUCUUCACGCCGCCCCUCGCCGCACGCCUCAGGGAGAGGGCACGCGCCGACAAAACUGAUAUUCAGUGUGAACUUUUAAAGUGCGACCGAAUUCGAGAGUAGAACAAUUAACUAAGUACAUUUUGUGCAACGACUUAUUUUUUAAUAAAAAAGUGACAUUAACAAAAUAUAGGAUUAACUUAUUUAUUUUUAAUGCAUAAUGCUUAUUGGUGCUAAUGAAUAUAUGCUAUGAAUUAAGUUUAAGGAUUUUCAUUUAUUCUAAUUUCACAUAAAAUAUCUAUAUUUUAUGUAAAACAUUGUUUUAUUUAUGAACUUUAAUGCUAUGUUGAAAGAACCAUUUGUACAAAUCAAGUUCCUAUAAUAUUUAUGUAUGUUUAUUUCAAUAAAAUUUAAUGAAAAUAUAAACAAACAAUUAAUUGAUCUGACUAUAAGACAGACUGCUGACGUCUAAUAGUAGUACAAAUCACAAUUGAUUAACUAAUUAAAGGUUUCCAUUUGUUACUAAUAUCAUUUCGAUAGUAUUGCUGUGAUAAUUUUAACGAACUUCGUCGGUUUUUUAUUAAAUUCUAUUGAAAUAAUUAAUACAUACUACCCACAGCUAUGCAGGUUAAAUCAAAAUCGUUAGCCGUAAAAAAAACUGGAAAUAUACCCAUGCUACAGAAUAUACUAGCACAGAUAUUUCGUGAAUAAAAAUUUCAAAAAGAUAAAAAAUCCUUCAUAUUAAUUUAAUAAUUGGAUAUAUUUUUUAAAACAUAGGAGGCAAACGAGCAUACGGCUUACCUGAUGGUAAAUAAUUACCGUAUGUGUGACUAUAUGUGAUAUCAGAAGGAAUGCAGGUAUAUUGCCCACCUUUUAGGAAGGAAUAUACUCUUUUCUUGAAGAUUUCAAUGUUUCAAUGUUUGUAUGGAAGGCUCAAAGUAUGUUUGUCGUUUAUUGUUCUUUGGGAAAAGUAAUUCAGUUUUAAUGGUAGAACACUCCCUUAAAAGAUGCUAACGGUUUCAAUUUCACCUUGUAUAAUAAAUUAUUAUAUAUUAUAGAGUAUUUUUUAUAAAAGACAAAUUUUAUACACAAAAUACAGUUUUAUUAUAUAGGUAGUAUAUAAUGUUAUUUGUCAGAUGUAUAAUAUGUAUAAUAUCUAUUAGAUAUUAUAAUAAAAUAGUAAAUGUAAAACAUUUACUAUUAUACAUACAUACUUAGUAUAUAAUAUAUUUUUCAAUAAAAAUACUUCCAUUAUAACAUCAACAAUCAUGAUAAUAAAUGAAACUUACAAUCGUUUAAUUUCAAUUCAAUACUGGAAAUAGCAUACAUGUUACAUUUUUCUAAUAUUUUUUCGAGGGAAGAAAAAUUUUCAAUUUAGAUCUUUUAUGGAUUACGAUUAUAAACAAUUAAAUACCUCUUAAUAAAUAUAAAUGUAUAAAAGGUGAUGAUUGUAUGAUAUUUUUAACAGGAGCAAAACGUAGUUUGUCGCUAUAAAUUUAUAUUUUGGAUUUAUUUUUAAAUAUGUUGUUUACAAAUUUAGAGGUAUUUUUCUACUGAUGUUCCUUAAUUUAUUUAAUUAAACUAAAAUUAAUAACAAACUAAUAUUAUGGAUAAUUUGUGUUAUUUUAUAAUAACUUCAAAAUAAACAAUUUAAUAUGUAAGUAAUAAAUAGUUCACCUAUUUAUUAAUAAGUAAGGUACUUAUAUUUAUUACAAUUUUAGAAACAGAGCAUUUACCAUGAACGUAGGUAUGUUUAGUAUUUUUAAAAACAAGAAAGCUUAUGUUUAACUAUAUAUUAAGAUUAUAUUUUUUUUUAUUCAAAUAAAACUGAGAAAUGUAUGUAAUAUUGUGAUAUAAAUACGUAUGCAGCAUGUAACGGAAUGAGUAUAAUAAGUUGAAAUUCAGUGACAGUAUACGUUAAAGUUAACAAUUUUGCCAAAAGUAUAAAUAUAGCAAUAUUAAGAUUUCCUUUCAUUAUUAAGAAGAUCUUGAAUAUAAAAAAAUAAGUAAGUAGCAAAUGAAAGAAUGUUGAAGGCCUACUUUAAUCAUGUCAUCAUGCUAUACACUCUCAAAAUGUACUUUCACUGUACUUAAUCUAAUAUUUAUAUGUAUAUUAUAACAAUUUUGAUCAACAAUCUUCUUAAAAUAUUAUAUUUAUAUAUAAUUUAUUUCAUAUUUAUAUAUUUAGGUGAAAUAUAAAAUUUGUAUUUUUUUUUCAGCAAAUCCCUUUGUCUUAGAUGAAUGAUGUUAAAUGAUCUCUUGUAUUUUCGUAAAAACACUGAAUAUCAGGAAAAUUUAUGUUUCUAACUAGAAAUUAAAUCAUAUUAUUUUUAAAAAUAAACAGUACUAGUUACACUUUUAUAUUUUAUCAUAGCACAGCAGGAUAUCGUACAAUUUUAGAUGUAAAUAAUAGAAAUGUAAAUGGUAUGUAAAUGUAUAGAGACGUCUUUAAAUUUCAGUACAUGUUUAAGUUAUCGACAUACUGUACACGUUCACGAUAUCGUGGUCAUGUUAAAUUUGCAUUGAAAAUAAAAACCUAUUCAUGUAAUUAAAUUUAGAAUUUCAUUUAUAAUGGCAACAUCGUACGAUAGCGUAUCGUGUUACGGUAAAUUAUAAGAAUGCCUAAUAUAUUAUUACUCUUAUUAAAUCAAUCGAGUAUUGUUGAAAUCUUUGGCAGCAGAAGGAAAUUUAUAUAAAUAUAUAUUUUAUACCAGUGUUUUUAAUGGUACGCGGACCAUUCAUAGUUUCUGGAAACAAUCAAAAUUGUCCGCGAUGUCGUCUGAAAAAGAUUUAACAAAGAGCAAUGAGUCGGCACAACGCAAAAAUUGCACUACAAUUUGAACAAUAAAUGUAUGUGCUUGGUUAGUUGAUUAGAAUUAUUUUAUUUCUUUCCGCUAUCAAAAGAUUUUUAUUGAUUUUCCCAAAAUAACACCUCAUUCAUUAAAAUAAAUGUACGUGUGUUUUAUUUAUGGAAUAAAUAUCUACAUCCCUUUACUGUUUGAGGUCCAAACAGUUGGUGGUUCAUGGUAAAUCAGAAAUUUUGUCUUAGGUCCCUCAUUACUAAAAGGUUAAGAACCAUUGAUAUAUUCUUAGCACACCUGUCUGAAUAACUUAUAUUAUUGUUCCUGAAAAUAUGCAAUUACUUGUACUUAUUUAUAAAGAUAACGGAAUGAUGGAUCAAAAUAAAAAAUACGUAGGUCAAAAUCCAUCUAGAACAUAGAGCUGCCUUUAGUAUUAUAACGUAAUAGGUAUCCAAUAAAAAUAACGGACUAUUUAUCAGAGUGUAUUUUAAUGCCCUUAUAUUGUAACAAAAAAUGUGACCUUAAUGUUUAUUUUUUAUUAAAAUUUAAAAAACGUGCAAGUGUUUUAUUUUUUAAAUCUACAUACAGACAUACAUAUUUGUCACGCCGUCGCUUUUAAAUCUAUAUAUUAA